UUUUUUUACAUUUCUUUCACAGAUGAUUUAUCAUAUCAAAAAUUUGCAUCCCUUUCACCGAUAUUCAUUAAUGCAUUGAAUUAUGAUGCAAGUAAGGCAGUAGAUAGAAACCCCUUAACGUGUAUGAGGGCAAAUGCAGUUGGACAAACCUCCGAGGACAAGAUUAUUUGGUGGAAAGUGGAUCUCGGUGGAAUUUACAGAAUCUACAGCAUCAACAUCCUGUUUAGAUCCUACGACGGUUACGAGUUUCGACAACGAGGACGUUUUGCUGGGUUCUCGCUGUAUGUAUCAGCUGAUGACGACGGACUGAAGAGUUCCUCUCUAUGUUACAAGGACGGGCCUCAGUUGCCCCCCUUGAAUUUUACAACUUUCUGUAUAAAACCAGGUCGCUAUGUGACAUUUUACAACGAAAGAUUGGAUGGAGAAUUUUACCCAAAAAACUAUGAACUAGCCAAUGUUUACACUGAGCUUUGUGAAGUUAUAAUUAAGGAAUGUGAAAAUGGAUGGUAUGGUGACAAAUGUAGUCAAAAAUGUGUAGGAAAUUGUCUUUACAACUCAAUAUGUAAUCACGUGACUGGUCAUUGUGACGUAGGGUGUGAUGCUGGAUGGAAAGGAUCUAUGUGUGACAAGGAAUGUGAAAAUGGAUGGUAUGGUGAAACCUGUGGUAAAAAAUGCGUACAAAAUUGUAAAAACAAUUCAACGUGUAAUCACGUGAGUGGUCAUUGUGACGUAGGAUGUUAUGUUGGAUGGAGAGGACCCAUGUGUGAAAAGGAAUGUGGAAGUGGGUGGUAUGGUGAAAACUGUAGUCAACAAUGUGUAGGGAGUUGUAGAGACAACUCAACGUGUAAUCACGUGACUGAAUGUGAAAAUGGAAGGUAUGGUGAAAACUGUAGUCAACAGUGUGUAGGAAAUUGUAUGAACAACUCAACAUGUAAUCACGUGACUGGUCAUUGUGACGUAGGAUGUGGUGUUGGAUGGACAGGAUCUAUUUGUGACAAGGAGUGUCCACCUGGACAUUUCGGGACUGAAUGCAUGGGGAAUUGUAGCGGAAAUUGUAUAAACAAUACAGAGUGUGAUCCCAUCAAUGGCGAAUGUUCUGAUGGAUGUAUUGACGGUUACAUUGGGAGAAGAUGUGAAAACUAUACUGUCAGCAACCAUCUACCGUUCAAAAACUCGAUUCAACCUUUUUUCUUGAUCAUUGGAUUUUCAGCACCAGUCGUGGUCAACGCUUUCUUCAUUGCUUGUACAUGUACAUUAAUAAGACACUGGAAAAAGUCUAGUCGCAAGAGAUCCGAUAAAGCUGAUGUCCCUAUCUCAUUAAGGUCCAUGUCCUACGCUAGAAGAGAGGUUGCAUCGAUUGAACCUGAUCAUUACCAAUAUGUUGAUUUACCCGUCAAAGAAAUGUGUUAUCAGAAUAUGUCUUUUUACUGACGAUGCAUAAAGCUCAUUCCUUAUUCCAGAGGACUGGUUUGUCGUAGCGGCUUUUUGACUAAAUCAAAAAGACAUAGGAAAACAUUCAAAUUUUAAGCAUAGAAUAAUCAUUGAGAAUUUUUUUCUCAAAAAAUGAUAUCGUUCAUGGCCAAAAAUCAUAUCAAGAAUUCUUGAACAAAGUUUGAUCUGGAAUGGGUAAUUUGUUGAGCAUCAAGCCAUCGUUAUGUAGUU